AUGCCGCAUUCCGCCAGUAAAUAUCAUUAUUAUCGCUCGAUGCUGUCCAGAGGAGGGCUGAUCGAUGACUGUUCUCUAACAGACACUCUCUUCUACCGCUACACCAACGGGCUUUGCUCCUCAGACCUCUCCUCCAUGAUGCCGCCGCGCGAUGUGCCUGCCAGACAGACCCGCCUGACUCUGGCGUCCCAUCCUAACCGUGAGGCUUCUCCCAGUUCUACUAACCUUGAACAGACCCGCCUGACUUCAGCCUUCCAUCCUAACCGUAUACCCCACCUGUUGACUGAAGAGCAGAAAGCAACCAGGGUUAAUUGGUGUCAAAAAACGCUUGACUGUUUCAAUUCCGGAAACUCAAAAAAUGUGUACAGUACUGUUAGUGGUGAUGAAUCGUGGAUUUACUGUGAAGAAAAGCCAACAAAAGUCAUCCAUUCUCGAAGUGUUCCGAAAAAGAUGGUCGCGACAUUUGUGCCAAAAGCGGGUCAUAGUGCAACAAUUCCUGUUAAUGAGCAAAUAACUGUUACUGCGGAUUGGUAUACCACCAUUUGUUUGCCAAAAGUCAUCACCGAGCUUCGAAAAAUCAACCCCGAAAGAAGAAUCAUCCUCCACCAAGACAAUGCAAGCUCGCACACAGCCCAAAAAACAAGGCAGUAUUUAACGGAAGAAAACGUGGAAUUGUUGGACCAUCCUUCAUAUAGUCCCGAUCUAAGUCCUAACGAUUUCUUUACUUUCCCGAAAAUUAAAAACAGACUGCGUGGUCAAAGGUUCCAGUCACCAGAAGAAGCAGCUGACGCAUUCAAAAAUGCCGUUUUGGAUCUGUCAGCAAACGAGUGGAAUAAGUGCUUCGAAAAUUGGUUCGAGCGCACGCAGAUGUGUAUUAAUCUUGGUGGAGAAUACUUCGAAAAACAAUAA